GUGGUGAUGUGUUGAUGGGAGGAAGGGGAUGGCAGGAUGCGGGCGGGGCGUGGUGAAGGGAGUGUUGAUGAGGUGAGGAGAGGUGAGGGCGAGGGGCGUGGCGAGCAUGGUGGGGGCGUGUCCCUGCAUGGUGUGGGGGCGGAGUCAGGCUACAGCCUCAGCAGUGCGGCGCGGCCCGGCCCGCAUCAGUCCACCAGCGGCCAGCCGCCUCUCAGUCUCAGUGCCGUCACAGCUGCCGCCUGAGUAAGUAGCGUGUCCGCACCGCUGCUGCUGCUGCUGCUAACUCAUCUCGCCCUCACACGUCGCCGUGGCGAGACGUGCACAACCUUCGGUGUCCGCUGACCACCGCUGCUCUUAGCCGCUCACUCCCACCUUCCGCGUGUGUGCGUGUGUGUCUUAGUGUGGUGGCGUGAGGGCGUGCGGCGAGGCCAUCCCUUGUGGGCGGCACAGUGAACAGUUAGACGGACGUGUCAAGUGGUGGCACUCAGGCGUAACUCUCUGCCCCGAGGCACUGCCCUGCACGGGGCCAAGCAGUGCACCAGUAUAGCGCGGCAGCUCCGCGUGCCGCGCCGUGCCGUGCAGGAGGCAGCGGCCACACUCUGCGUGUUCCCCGCGCCAUGGACGGGGCGCCUGACGGAGAAGUGGUGAUGGUGGCGGUGGAUGGUGAGGGCGUGGCAUCGUGGGUGGCGGGCGUGGCAGUGGCCCUUGUCCUCGGCGUCAUAUUCGUCAUCUCCUCCGUUCUAAACACUGUCUUUCUCAUCAUUUUCUUCCGCCGGCCAUCUCUUCGUAGCGUCUCCAACAGGUUCAUUGUCAGCCUGACGGCGUGCAACCUGCUGGGGUCGUGGGUGCUGCUGCCGUUGGUGACGGGCGACACCUUCCUGGUGGGGUGGGAGUCGCCGGUGCUGUGCCGCGGGCUGGAUGCUGCGGCGGAGCUGGUGGUGGCGGCGUCGGUGUUCGCCACGCUGCUGAUCGCCGUGGACCGCUUCUUCGCCAUCACCGACCCGCUGCACUACCACAUGCUGGUGACGCGCGCCAAGAGUGUCGUCAUGGUGGCCUCGGGCUGGGCGCUGGCCGCAGCCCUGGCCGCCACCGCCGCCUUGGGAGACUUGUCCGACAGACCCUGGCAGGUGUGUGGGACGCCCGCAGCGCGACCUGGCGACCCCUGGAACUACCGCUCUUACUUUGUGGUGGCCAACCUGGUGUUGUGCUUCGCGGUGCCCGUGGUGCUGCUCGUCUGGAUCUACACCCGCAUCUACCUGGCGGCGCAGCAGAACAGCGAGAGGACGCGCCGCAACUCCCUGUGCGGCUCCACGCUGGACGCCGUCACGCCCUCCCGCGGCCCAUCAAGGACGCCUUCGACACGAUCCACGUCCUCGCAGAUCGUGUCGUCGCUGCGGCACCGCAUCAGCAACGCGUCGCUGUUCCUGCACAAGGAGGAGUCCCGCGCCGCCAAGAUUUCCGUGGUAGUGAUCGUGUUGGUGUUCGUGUGCUGGCUGCCCUUCCACGCCGCGGCGCUGCUGCACACAUCCCUGCUGCAGGUGUGGCUGCCGCGCCCCGCCUGGAGCGUGGUGAUGAUGCUGGCGCUGAGCAACGCCGCCGUAUCGCCCUAUGUCUACCUGUACCGCUCACGGAGGAUACAGCGGGAGGUGCGGCGCCUGCUGGGACUGCCCCUCAGCGCCACCAAAAUCCAGACCGGCUCUGGUCGCCGCCGCCCGCUGCCACGCCUGCAGCUGCAGAUGAUCCCGCCCUCGCCCACAGUGCUGGACGCUAACUUCGAGUCUUCGCUGGGCCCGCCGCUGGCCAGGCAGGGCUUCACCCACCCCUCGCCCUUCACGGCGCUCAUCACCAAGCUUUUUCGUGCGAAGGGCUUCCCGGGAGAGCCGUGGCGGGACUCCCUCGGCUCCACCACUUCCUCGUCCACGAUCACGUCAGCCAGCACGAGUAGCUCGGGCGGGUCAGGGCAGAGCGAGGCCUCCACCACUGAGAGUGAGAGCAUGUUACCGCGCCUGGCUGUGCCGGAGGCUGGCUCGUGACGCAGCGGCGGCAGCCACUGGCGGUGCUAGCCCUCACUUCGCACUCACACCUGCUGCUCCCGCCCUGCCGGUGACCUGUCCUGGAGGGUCUAGCAGCGCCGCCACUCCAGGGACGCCCAUGCCCAUGGCCAACCCACCCCCAUUUAAGCUGGGGCUACUCUUCCACAAACACAAGCCCCCUCCUGACACACCACCAUCCAUUUAUCCAACGGGGCCAGCUCCACCCACUCAGGAGCCCCCAACAGACACCCCACAAUCCCCCACGCCCCCCUCACGCCCUCUACCACCCGGCCAGGAACCCCAGCCCUCCAUCCCAGACACCCCCUCGCCCACCUCAGGGUCCCCAUCACCCGUGCCGGACUAAGGCAAUCAACGCACCCCGUCAGUGACUUCCAUGUCCCUUCACCCACCUCGCCCCGCACCAACACUUCCCGCGUGGCUCUGAGGUCAGGCGGGGUCAGUGUGCCGGGCUGGGGGCGUGGCGAGUGGAGGUGACUUGCAAGAGUGAUGAGAGAGUGAGUCGAGUCAGUGAGUGUGAGUGAGUGAGUGUGUUCCUCAGGGCGUCAAGUGAAGCAACACACGAGCUGUGCCUUAUUGUCGAUCUACAAUACUCGAUACGUGAUGAUAUUGGACAAUUACUAUCAUUAUCACUCUUAUUACUAUUACAAACAUUAUUAUUAUUGUUAUUAUUAUUAUUAUUAUUACUAUUACUAUGAGAACAAAACGCACCAUAACCGUACCUAAUUUGAAUCUCUAACACCACCACCACCACCACCUCCAUGGCAUCUCCCGUCCAUCCAACACACAGCUGGUCUCUGGUGGUGCUUUCCAAUACUCACGGGCGCCUGUACAUAUAUAGCAACCUUCCUUUCUAAAGCCCCGGGCACAAUCCCACGUGUGUGUGUGUGUGUGUGUGUGUGUGUGUGUGUGUGUGUGUGUGUGUGUGUGUGACUCCGGCAGCUAGUGAUAUGCGUGUUGCCUCCUGAUCUCCGUGUUGAUAAGAUAUACAAAUGUUCUCUAUUUGUUUAAUAAAAUGAUAAAUAUAUAAAUAAAUAAAAUAUGUAUAAAGAGA